AUGUCCGUCAACGUUUUCACCACUUGGCGGAAGAAACGAAAGGACGAGAUCGUUCCUUUACAGCUGACCAACGAUAAGAAGGACAGUCAUGUCAAUUUGUUGUAUCUGUCAGAUUCGCGAAACAACUCGAACGGCGGUCAUUUCGCGUGUAUAAAGAAUCUGUCACGAUUGUUGGGGUCUCAGUUAAACAGGAGCAAGAACAUGAAGUACAUAUGCGAUCGAUGCUUACAUUACUUUCAUUCGAGAGAGAAAUUGUCCGCUCACAGCGUCGACUGCGGAAAGAUGAACGACUGCGCCAUCGUUCUUCCGAACGACGACAAAUGGUUGUUUUUUCGCGAUCACAGUAGGAAGGAGCGACUUCUCUUCGUGGUCUACGCCGAUCUGAAAUGCGUGUUGGAGAAAGAAAAGAUAGACACGAUAACCGCGUACGACGAGAUUAGACCCGGGUACAGAUUUCGUCGCGGCGAAGACUGCGUGUUGUGGUUCGUCAACGAGCUCAACGUUAUCGCGCAUCGCGCAAAGGAGAUACUCAUGACGAACGUGACCAUGGCGGAGCUCACGUUGGAUGAGACACGAAAUUUUUGGACCGCGACGAGCUGCCACAUAUGCGAGAGACCGUUUGAAUCGGAGGACGGUCAACGCGUGCGCGAUCACUGCCACUUGACCGGACGUUACAGAGGUCCCGCGCAUUCGCGUUGCAACCUAAAUUAUAGAGACUCGUACGUUAUUCUUGUAUUCUUUCACAAUCUGUCCGGUUACGAUGCCCACUUUAUUAUCAAGAAUAUCGCUAACAGCUUUGAGGGUAGAAUCGAUUUAUUACCGCUCACCAAAGAGUCGUACAUAUCGUUCAGAAGAAUCACCAGUCUCGAGAAAUUGGCGUUGUAUCUCGAUAAGGACAAACUGAAAAUGAUGUGUUCGGAAUUUUCAGAACUGAGCGAAAGCGAUUUCGACCUGCUCACGCGUAAAGGUGUAUUUCCGUACGAGUACGUCGACGGCUUCGAUAAGUUGCUGGUGACGGAAUUACCGCCGCGCGAGGACUUUUACAGUUCGUUGACCGGCGAGACCGCGAGCGAGAGCGAUUACGAGCACGCGCGGAACGUCUGGCGUUGUUUUCGCGUGAGAAAUCUCGGCGAGUACAGUGAUCUGCAUCUCAAAACGGACUUGCUUCUCCUAGCGGAUAUCUUCGAAAAUUUUCGCGACACCUGUAUCGACACUUACGGACUGGAUCCCGCGCAUUAUUACACCCUACCGGGAUACACGUGGGACGCGAUGCUGAAGUACACGGGGGUGCGAUUCGAAUUGCUCACCGAUAUCGACAUGGUAAUGUUCGUGGAGCGCGGUAUCCGCGGCGGUCUGAGUCAAUGUUCCAACAGGUACGCGCGAGCCAACAACAAAUACAUGCAAUCGCACGACUCUUUGCAACCGUCGACGUAUUUCAUGUACUUCGACGUGAACAAUCUGUACGGUUGGGCAAUGUGUGAACCGUUGCCGUACGCGGACUUUCAAUGGAUCGACGACGCGGAGAGUCUCGACGUAAUGUUUGUGAGGUUGGACUCCGCUAUCGGUUACAGCUUGGAGGUCGACCUUGCGUACCCGCAUGAACUCCACGACGCUCACGCUGACCUUCCAUUCUGCCCGACGCGCGAUAAGCCUCCCGGAAAACGGUGCAAUAAACUCCUCGCCACUUUGCGCGAUAAGUCGCGCUACGUGUUGCAUUACCGUAAUCUACAGCAAUGCGUGCAAUACGGAUUGUGCGUCACGAAGAUUCACCGCGCGCUUCGAUUCGCGCAAUCUCCGUGGCUUCGGGAAUACAUAGAGCUUAAUACAGGAUUCAGAGCUCACGCCAGCAACGAUUUCGAGAAAGAAAUGUACAAAUUAACGAACAAUGCGGUAUUCGGCAAGACCAUGGAAAACGUACGAGAUCACGUAGACGUGCGUCUCGUGACGCGUUGGGAUGGGAGAUACGGCGCGGAGGCGAUGAUCGCAAAACCGAAUUUUCACAGUCGAACCGUCUUCGCGGAGAAUCUGAUCGCCGUCGAGUUGCGCAGGCUCGAGGUGAGGUUGAACAAACCCAUCUACGUCGGUAUGUGCAUUCUCGAGAUAUCCAAGACGCGCGUCUACGAUUUUCAUUACGAUUACAUGGUGCCGCUGCAUCGCGAAAGGUGUAAGAUAAUGUACACGGACACCGACAGUCUCAUAUAUUUUCUCGAGUGCGACGACGCGUACGAGGAUAUGAAACGCGACAUCGCGAGAUUCGACACGAGCGGCUAUCCCGAGGACAACGCGUAUCGCAUGCCGCGCGUCAACAAGAAGAUACCCGAUUUGAUGAAGGACGAGAACGACGGCGCGGUGAUGACGGAAUUCGUUGGACUGAGGUCAAAAAUGUACGCCUUAAGGGUCGAGGGAAAGAGCGACACGAAGAAAAUAAAAGGCAUCAAGAGAAACGUGGUCGCGAGAACGAUAACGUUCGACGAUUACGUGUGUUGUCUGAACGACGCGAUAGGGCAGUUUAGGCGUCAGUCGUGUAUUCGUUCGACUGCACACGAGGUGCACACCGUGUCCGAGUUGAAACUCGCUCUCAGCCCGUACGACGACAAGCGAUACGUCGUUCCCGACUCGUACGACACUCUACCGUGGGGGCAUUACAAGAUACCGCCGUGA